GGGAGGAGAGCGGAAGGCGGGUGUCCUUCCCACCAUGGCUUUGGCCCGCGCCUUCACCCACGUUGCCCGGACAGGGCUCCCUGCCAGCCGCAGCCUGGCCCCAGGCAUCCACAGCAGCGCCCCGGUCGCCUGUUACAAGUACGUGAACCUCAAGGAGCCGGAGAUGGACUGGAGGUCCGUGACAGACCGGGCGGCCCAGACGCUACUCUGGACUGAACUGUUCCGAGGCCUGGGCAUGACUCUCAGCUACCUGUUCCGGGAACCCGCCACCAUCAACUACCCGUUCGAGAAGGGGCCCCUGAGCCCGCGCUUCCGCGGGGAGCAUGCCCUGCGCCGCUACCCCUCCGGCGAGGAGCGCUGCAUCGCCUGCAAACUCUGCGAGGCCGUCUGCCCCGCCCAGGCCAUCACCAUCGAAGCCGAGCCGCGGGCGGACGGCAGCCGGCGGACCACGCGCUACGACAUCGACAUGACCAAGUGCAUCUACUGUGGCUUCUGCCAGGAGGCCUGUCCCGUCGACGCCAUUGUGGAGGGCCCCAACUUUGAGUUCUCCACGGAGACGCACGAGGAGUUGCUGUACAACAAGGAGAAGCUGCUCAACAACGGCGACAAGUGGGAGGCGGAGAUCGCGGCCAACAUCCAGGCCGACUUCCUGUACCGCUGAGGCCUCCCGCUCCCUCCCCCUCCCCCAAUAAAGAGUGACCCCGGCCCCCCGCCGCACCACCUGGCUGGGGCGGGGCCUCCGUUUGACCUCG